AUGGUCGAAGGAGCCGCCGUCCGCGCCAUCAUCAUUGGCGCUGGCCAGCGUGGCCGCGCCUACGCAGAGUACGCCCUCGAGCGCCCCGACCUCUUUCAAGUGGUUGGCGUCGCCGAGCCCGUGGCGUACUGGCGGGACCACACUGCCUCGACGUACGUUGGCGUUGGCAUCCAUACGCCGUAG